CACAUAUUGUAGAUGUAUUUGUAGAGGCAUUUUCUGCACGAGCUUAGUCCACUAGCUGGCGGUCUAUCCGUUCCUGUCACGCCUACUAUCAGUCACUGCCCGCAACAAGUCAGUCGCAUUCCGCCUUACCGCUGACUGGGCUCUCUAGAAACAUGCUCGCGACGCGAUCGCUAUCAAGAUCGUUAUCUCUAUCGACACCUGUGGUCAAGGACAAUGCAACAGUGGGGAACUCCGCAUCCGAGCUCUGGCAAAAUUCGGACGGAGGCGUUUCGAGGUUACUGAUCAAGCACCAGCAGCCAGCGACGCAUCGCAGUGCGAAUUCGGCUCAUGGCCGUUUUAGUCGCAGGCUUCCGCACGCGUCGCCUGUCGCGUCGUCGUCGUUUAUCGCCGAUCUGUUCGGCAACGAGCCGCUGGUGGCAGCGAGCGCGGCGUGCGUGGUGGCGCAGCUCCUGAAGCCCGUCCUGGCGGCGGCAGCAGGGGACGGCUUUAACUGGCGCCUCGUGGUCAAGUCGGGCGGCAUGCCCUCCUCGCACUCCGCUGUCGUGACAGCGCUGGCAACUUCCAUCUACUUCGACUGCGGAGCAUCCGACCCCUUGUUCGGCAUGGCAGUGGUAUUCGCCACCAUUGUGAUGUAUGAUGCUCAGGGGGUGCGGGCAGCAGUGGGCAAGCAGGCUCAGGUGAUCAACUCCCUGGUGGUGCCGCAGCUGGUUCCCCCUCAUCCCCUCUCCUCGUCCGCUCGGAACGGCACUGUAUCGCUCUCCAGGGCCAUCGCCACGCACGACACCGCGCACACCACCAACGGCACCAGCAGCAGCAGGACCACCACCAGCAAGGCCACCAGCAGGACCACCAGCGGCAGCACCAGCGGCAGCAGCAGCAGCAGCAGCAAAAGUGGUCAGGCGGUGGAGCAGAGGGGGUGGAAGGGAUUGUUCACAUGGCCGCAGCGAGUUGAGAGGCUAGGAGCAGGGGUGGGGCCUGGAAGCAUGGGUGAGGCUGGUGCACAAGCACAAGGGGUUGGUAGUGAUAAUGUUGGUGGUGGGGGGCGCUUGACUGAGAAACUGGCAGCAGAGAAGGAAUGGGACGAGAGCCACAACCUUGCCAAGGGGAUCAUUAGCAGUACGGAUAACAGCCUUGAGAGCAGCAGGUGGCGGUGGCAGCGUACCAGGAAUUUCUGGGCGGCAGUGGGGAAGGAGCCGGCAGUGCUGCAGGGGGAGGUGGAGGUGCAGGAGAUUGGGCCGCUGGAAGGGUGGCAGCACGUGCCGCUGAAGGAGUCGGUGGGACAUACCAAGGCUGAGGUGGUUGGGGGUGCGCUGGCUGGCAUUGUGCUCAGCUUGCUCGUCCACGAAGCAUUGUUUAUCUGAACGAAGGAGUGGGUAGAAGAUUGUUUCUUUUGGUUCGGGCUAGGUUAGGGUAGAGGGGUCGGAGGCGUUAGUACAUGAACUGACAUGUUGCGGGUAGCUGGACAUUAGCGGACCAGAUACAAAUACUGAAAUAUGAACUUAGAGGCAACUUCAUCGCUAGGGACAAGUCUGAAAACUUGAGUGCAUGGUGUGUGAUGGUUUCCCACCAA